AUGGCGGAGAGCAUAAUAUUCGAGAGGGAUAUUGCCAUCCCCAUGGAUGAUGGAUUGAUACUUCGAGCAGAUAUAUUUCGACCUAAGGAGCAAGGGCCACACCCUGUAGUGAUGACACUUGGACCAUAUGGGAAAGGAGUGCCCUACAGGGUGGGCUACAAGCAAGCUUGGGAAUGGCUCAUUUCGACACAUCCCAAUAUCCUUCCUGGCUCGUCGAGAGAGUACACAACAUGGGAGACUGUUGAUCCUGAGGUCUGGGUACCCUUUGGAUAUGUAGUCAUAAGAGUUGAUUCAAGGGGUGCUGGACGCAGUCCCGGAAAGAUAGACAUCCUCAGCCCUCGUGAAAUUCGGGACUACUAUCUUGCAAUUGAAUGGGCCGGUACACAGACAUGGAGCAAUGGAAAGGUUGGGCUGAAUGGAAUCUCCUACUAUGCCGUUACACAGUGGCUGGUAGCAUCACUGCAGCCACCGCAUCUAGCAGCAAUGAUCCCUUGGGAGGGCGCUGCCGAUUUUUACAGAGACAGCUGGCGACAUGGGGGCAUUCAAUCGAAUGGAUUUUUCGAAGCCUGGUUACCGAAACAAGUACUAGCGGUUCAACAUGGUAACCCGGACAGCGCUCAUGACCCGUGGCUGAACGAACGCUCAACUGGACCGGAAACUCUCUCAAAAGAGCAACUAGAGCAAAAUCGCACGGAUCCGGUUCGGGAGACAUUGGAACGUCCGCUAGACGGGCCAUGGUACCGAGAACGGUCAGCGGACUGGAGCAAAGUCACCGUUCCGUUCCUAUCUCCCGCAAGCUGGGCGGGUUUCGGUUUACACCCGCGUGGAAAUUUCGAGGCAUUUACGCAAGCAGCUUCAAAACAUAAAUGGCUUGAAUGUCAUCCAGGGAGACAUGAAGAAUGGUUCUAUAUUGACAAGGGCAUCGAUCUUCAGAAGAGAUUUUUUGACCAUUUUUUGAAAGGGAUCGACAGCGGUUGGGACAAGCAACCUCCUGUUCUUCUAAACUUACGUCGACCAUUUAGCAACAACUUCGAAGUGAGGCACGAGACGGAAUGGCCACUAACAGGGACUAAGUGGUCUCCAAUAUAUCUGGACGCGCAGGAUUCUACGAAGCAAGCAAUGUCAUGGGAACCCUCAAAGAAGCCCUCCCAGACAAAAUUCAAGGCACUAGGCGAACCUAUCACGUUCAUGUCCAGUCCAUUGCAGGAAGCCACGGAGAUCACCGGCCCCCUUGCUGCCAAGAUCUUUGCUUCUUCAUCGACUACGGAUAUUGAUCUUUUCGUUACAUUCCAAGCUUUCUCUGACGGCGGCCGCGAAGUCGAGUUUCAGGGAACUGUUGAUCCACAUACUCCACUUGCCCAAGGCUGGCUGAGAGCUUCCCACAGAAAGCUUGACAAGGCAAAAUCACUUCCGUAUCGACCGUUUCACAGCCAUGACGAAGCUCAGCCUCUCGAACCAGGUAAAGUUUAUGAGCUCGACGUUGAAAUAUGGCCCACAAACAUUCUCUUACCGGCCGGCUAUAUGCUUGCACUCCAGAUCAGCGGCAAGGACUUUGAACGACCACUGCCUCCGGAUCAAAAGUAUGAGGGCUACGUUACCCUGGGGUCGGGCCCUUUCCUCCACACCUCGCAAGAAGAUCGCCCAGCUGACAUUUAUGGGGGUGAAACGACAAUCUACACGGGUGCUGAUACGUCGUCUUAUCUGUUGCUCCCUGUGAUUAGCCGUUGA